UUGGGUUUUUCUAAUAGGAUGUCUAUGGUUGAUCCCUUAGGCCUUAGUGGAGGUCUGCUUUUGUGUUGGGAUCCUAAGGUUCAGAUUAUGAAUUGUAUCUGUAAAUCUUUUUACAUUGCUGUUCAAUUUCAAAUUAACUCCCAGGCUCCUCAAUGGGGGAUUUUUGUGUAUUUCAAUGCUUGCAAAUCUAUAAGAUAUGACCAGUGGCAGGAAUUUAUUGAAGAUAAACCAUCUUGGGGAAAUCUAUGGUUUGCCAUUGGGGAAUGGAACGACAUAAGGGCAAAUUCUGAAAAAUCAGGUGGAAUUACAAGAAGCCCUCUCAGCUGCCAACCCUUAAAUGGUUUCAUUAAUGAUAUGGAGAUGGAGGAAAUCCAGUUGGUGGGGUACCCAUACACUUGGUGCAACAACAGAGCUGAUCAAGAUCUUGUGGAAGAAUACCUGGAUAGAGCUUUUGUCUCCCCUGACUGGUUUCAAAUCUUCCCCAAUGCCUCCAUCUCUAAUCUUGUUAGAAGUGCCUCAGACCACACCCCUCUGCUCUUUGAUUUUGGCUUACCAAGGGAAAGGAAAAAAUCAAGAUUCCACUUUGAUAAAAGGUGGAUAGGCAAGGAAGGCUUUGAGGAAACUAUUCAACAUGCUUGGAGGACAAAAGUCUCUGGAACUCCCUUUUAUCAACUCAAAGAGAAGAUCAAACAUGUCAGAACAACACUUCUCAUCUGGAGCUCCAAAUUCCAGACUCAGAACCAAGCUCUCAUAUCCCAGUUAACCAACAAGCUGCAAAUGCUAAACCAAGACAAAUCAGGUAGCCAAUGGGAAAGCUGGGAAAACACAAGAAGAGACCUAGAGAAAGCUCACAGGCAGGAAGAAAUGUUCUGGCAACAGAAGGCAAGGCUGAAAUGGUUGAAGGAAGGUGACUCCAACACCAGGUUUUUCCACACCCUCACUUUGCAAAGAACGAGAUUCAAUGCUAUCACUAGACUUCUUACAUCCAGAGGCCAAGCAGUUACAAAUCAGGAAGAUAUUGCAUCUCACAUAGCUGAAUUCUACAAAAACCUUUUCUCUUCUGAAGGGAGCUGGGCUUCCUUUCUUCUGAAUUUGUUGGAGCAAUACAGAUUAUUUUCAGGCCAACAAGUCAACUUACAGAAAUCUGCAGCCUUUUUUAGCAAGAAUACACCUUUGCAGCUCCAGCUUUCUAUCUGUCAAACUCUCAAUGGGAUUACUUCCCACAGAUCUACCAGAUAUUUGGGACUUCCCCUUGGAAUUGGGAAGUCAAAAAAGGAGGUAUUUGAUUACAUCCUCACUUCUGUCAA